UCCAUGACUGAAGAGAUAGGGGCAAAUUAUCUCUGCUAUUCUACAACCAAGGAAUUAUGGGACAAUGUCUCACAGAUGUACUCUGAUUUAGGGAACCAAUCCCAAGUGUACGAGUUAACUCUACAACUUGGAGAUAUUCGCCAAGGUUUAAAUGUUGAAUUUGAUGAGGUUCGUGGCGGAAUUAUUGGAAGAAAUCCUCUGCCCCCAAUUGGUGAGGUAUUUGCAGAAGUACGUAGAGAAGAAAGCCGGAGACAAGUGAUGCUUGGAAAGAAGGCUGCAGGUACAACCAGACCUGUGGAAGGGUCAGCCCUGAUUAUUUUCGAGGCCCAAGUCAGUUGAAGGUCAUCCCAAAAUCAACGGGUUGGAGACAAGAAUAACCUGCGCUAUGAUUACUGUGGGAAACCUCGCCAUACUCGAGAGAAUUGCUACAAACUGCACGGGAGACCAUCCAAUGACAAGGCGAACAAACCUAGUGAACAAAAUAUACCUACAACAAAUGAGGCUGAAUCAUCUCCAUUCAGUAAAGAGCAAAUAGAUCACCUUCUUAAACUACUAAAAUCCUAUUCGUCACCUAAUACUCYUGUCGGGUCUAUGGCACAAACAGGUAGCAAUUCUUUGGCACUCUCAAUUCUAUGAAAAUCCGGUCCUUGGAUCAUAGAUUUAGGGGCCUCCGAUCAUAUGACAAGCUGCUCUAAUUUAUUUAGUUCCUAUUAUCCUUGUUUUGGUAUUGAAAAAGUGAGAAUAGCUGAUGGUAGUCUUUCAUCUAUUGCAGGCAAAGGAAACAUUAAAAUUUCAGAAAAAAAUACUCUGAAAUCUGUUUUACAUGUUCCAAAACUUGCCUGCAAUCUUCUUUCUGUCAGCAGAUUGUCUAAAGAUACUAAUUGCUCCAUUCUUUUUCUUCCUUCCACUUGUGUUUUUCAGGACCAGAACUCGGGGAAGACGAUUGGAAUUGCUAGAGAGAUAA